AUGUCUGGCAUCAUCAACAAGGUCAAGGACGCUGUCUCCCACCACCAGAAGGACGACGUCGAUGACCGCACCGACAACAACACCUUCAACGAGAAUGCGCGGUCCUCCAACCACGGUCCUCAUGCCAGCAACGUUGCCAACGAGGCCGACCCCCGCGUCGACAGCGACCGAUCUAACGUAGCUGGCUCCACGGGUGGCUCCACGGGCUAUGGCUCCCAGUCUACCAACCACGGUCCUCAUGAUAGCAACAUCGCCAACAAGGCUGAUCCCCGUGUUGACUCGGACCUGGACAACACCCGCACCUCCCACACUGGAGCCACUACUGGUGCUACUACCGGCUCAUCCCUGAAUGAGCCCACUACCCGUGGCUACGGCUCGCAGUCCACCAACUAUGGCCCUCAUGACAGCAACAUCGCCAACAAGGCCGACCCUCGCGUCGACUCGGACCUUGACAACACCCGUACCUCUCACAGCCAAUCUGCCGCCCCCGGCAUCGCCGCAGGAGGAGCCACAGCCACCGGCGCUGGCCGUGAAUCCCUUCAGCAGUCUCGCACUACCGGUCCCGCCUCGUCCACUGCCGGACCCCACGACAGCAACGUCGCCAACAAGGCUGACCCCCGCGUCGACUCUGACCUCGACAGCACCCAGCGCAACAGCACAAGCGGCACCACCAACACCGGCCGUGACUCUCUUCAGGAGUCUCGCAUGACCGGCCCCGCCUCUUCCACCGCUGGACCCCACAAGAGCAACGUCGCCAACAAGGCCGAUCCCCGCGUCGACUCCGACCUCGACAACACCCACCACUACGAGAAGGAAGUCCGCAAGGACAGCCUCCUCGGUACGGCCGGAGAAAUGGACGGUGACUUCAGCAACGGCCCAACCUCCACCAAGACCUUCGAGGAGGCCCAGCACGCGGGUGCAGCCGGUGCAGGUGCUGGUACGGGCAGCAGCUACAACAACCCUUCUAGCCGCUCCACUGCCGGUCCCCACGACAGCAACGUUGCCAACAAGCUUGAUCCCCGCGUGGACUCUGACCGGGACGGCUCCACUACGAUUGGUAACCAGCGUGCUUAA